GUACGCGAUCGCGGUGGUGAUAAAACAAAAAGUUUCGUGUCAGUAAUAUUGAUAUAUCGGAAUUUAAUAGGAACGAUGACUCUAUGACGAAUUCGACAGUGUUUUUGAACAAUAGGAUUGAAUUAAGAAAAUUCAGCAGAUGAUAGAGGAAUUGUACAGAAACGAAGGAAUAUUUAGGAAAUAUGGUUAAUCUACUCGUCAAAGCGUCAAUAAUAUCAAUUUAUUGGGAUUUAAAAGUGACAAUGACGACUCUCGCGGUGCUUUUUAACAAUAGACUUAAACUGAGAAAAUGCAUCUGAAGACAGAUUCCUUUGCAUUGGGAAUAACACAGAAAAUAAGGAAUAUUUAGGAAGAAUGGUUAAUCUAACGAGUAGAAUAUGUGUAUUAAUAUGUCAAAUAUCGAUCUAUCGGGAUUUGAAAAUGACUAUGACGACUUUAAGUGUUUUUGAACAAUAGAAUUUAACUGAAAAAUGUAGCUGAAGACAGAUUCCUCUGCAACUGGAAUUCUAGAGAAACGAAGAAACGUUUAGGAAGAUUUAUCAUCAAAAUAUGGCUUUUAUUUAAGUUGCAUCAUGCAAGUUUGCAGUUCUGAGGGAUAAUGUAAUGGAGGUGCCCUUAUUUGCUUUAUUUCUGGCAUUGACAUUUAUUGCGGACACAUAUUCAGUACACCCUGGGUGUGAAUGCUUAAUAUUCUCAGCAACGUACGGCAAGGAAAAGGGAAUUUUCAAAAGUCCUGAUCACCCUCUACCUUAUCCAGCAAAUAUAGACUGUUUGCUGUAUACUUUUGUCGCUAGUUCGGACGAAAUAAUAGAGAUACAGUUCCUGGAGUUCGACAUCCUGAAGACUCAGUUAAGUUGUAUCCAACAAGAUUUCCUAAAACUUUUUCUUCAUCUGGAGAGCGGCGAUAUAAAUGAAUAUACCCCGUGGACAGCUUUGCUGUGUGGCGAAUUGAAAGAACUACCCUCACAUACACUCUACUCUUCAGGUCCUGGACUAGUUUUAGAGUUUCAUACGGGGCCACAAAUGCCAAAGCCUUCAGGUUUCCUUGGCACAUUCAGGUUCAUCGACAAAAAACUUUUCCAGAUAGACGGACAAAAAUUACCAGGCACCAUGUGCGAUUAUCAAUUCCUUGCAUCAAACUAUUCUCCAACAUAUGGUAAAUUCUACUCGCCAAGAUACCCCUCAAACUAUCCCAAAAAUGUGAGGUGCUCCUACAGGUUUCGGGCCAGGUUCAAGGAGCGAAUACGAGUCGUUUUUGAAGAAGUGUCCUUACAGAAAGGUGACCUCAGGUGAGUCAACA